AUGGUGGAGCCCAUGCUGCCCGUCGAUCAUUUGUUUGUACGCGUGACAUAUAUGCAGCCAGCAUCAGAUCUCCCCCCAGAAUUGUCUGAGUUGCUCUACAUGAAUAUUGAAGCACACGCUGAUGAGACGCCCGCUCCUGUGGAGUUUGAUGUCCCGUUUUCAAAGCGCGGCACGUCCCAGCGGACUAUGGGACAAUUCCUGAACCUCCACGCCUAUAUACUCGGGAGCUACCCGUACUGUGUACUGCCAAUCGCCCCCGCGGAGGUUAAGAGCACUUCAGAUAAAGCGUUGGAAACCGUAUCACUCGUGGAAUGGCAGCUACGGUACAUUGUCCGUCAUCCUACACUGUACAAAGACAAGCGACGCGUGUUUGAGGUGCUAUGGGAGUUUUUACUGGACCUCGGGUUUAGCAAACCCCAGUGUUUGAUGUUAGUAACCGGACCUUUCAUGCCGAGGUAG